AUGCCUUCUUACAAGUGGUAUUUCCCCGACGACAUUGCAGAUGACUUGCAAGGAAUAGACCUGCCACCCGCAGUAAAGGCUGAGGUUUUUGCCUGUGCCUGGGAGUAUGCACGAAGUGUAAUCCCUCAGUACACCAAUUGGAACAGAUAUGUGGCCUUCAUGAGAAUUAUCAUCAUCGGAACAGUCGCCGAGUUCCGUGGCGCUCUUUUCGAUAUGACCGCUGAGGGUCCUGUUCUGGGCUACGAUCUGGAUCAAGUCCUUGAUGACCUCUUCAAGGGUACUCCUGGGGCGGCAGACAUGUCUCGGGAGUACAAGACCUUUUUGACCGUUACCAGCGACAAGACUAGCGAACGCCGUCACGACGAGCUUUUCUGGAGAUAUCGACGGGCUGUGGCAUCUAGUCCCCGAAACUGGUUCCGACUACGAGACUGUGAUGCACUUUGCAGAUUCACAAUUGCUGCAGCAUUGGCAUGUAACGACAUGGACGAUGUGUGGUUCACCGACGAGGAAUUCGAUGUACUGGCCGAGAUUGGGGAUACCAUGUACGAUGCUAUUGCAUUCUACAAGCACCGAGCAGAAGGCGAGACCAACAACACAUUCGCAUAUGUCCCGCCGGACUUGCGUGUUGAUGCAUAUCGAACCGCUCGCGAGCUGCUAUGGGCUUUUGACGUGGCUUAUGCCCUCAAGCCAGGCAUGCAAAUCGUGACCAACUUUGUCCGCGCAUUUGGUGGACCUAUUCACAUGAUGAUGCGUAGAUACAGAUUCUGCGAGGAAGGCUUGAUGAUCGGCAAGGCUGAAGACGAGAGUGUUAUCCUAGCGGCGAAAAACAACCAGAAGCUGUGGCACCGACUGGAUCGAGACGAGGUGAAAUUUUAUGAAGGACAGCAACGGUUUGAGCGCAUCAUGGAGAUGGAAGACAAGCUACUAUUUCGAGGUUUUGCGGACAUACUGAGAGAUGCUGCGCGGGUGGACAGUCCUGCAGAGCCGGCCAGCUCUCCUGCGGAGGAGAACGGGUUUGGAGGCUCCCUAUCCAACGAAGCUGCCUCGCAGGAGUGGAGGACAUGGGCUUUGGGAUUGCAAGCGAGGGUUGCUCAUGCUUUUCCCGAGGUGAAGCUCGAUCCUGUGCUACCAGCUGCCUAG